UGCUCCACAUUUUCGGCAUGAGGGAGUUCUCGUUCAAGAGCAAUUAAUCUGAUAAAAGAAAUAUAUCUUCAUAUGUCAGCUAUAAGUUGUACUUCGUAACUAUAAAGGUCAGAGGGGGGCAGAGCCAGCCAAUCAGCCAUGGAGUCCGGCCGGCUACUUGCACAUUCCGACGAGCCAUCGUCCGCCGCCUCCAAACACGGCGACGGCCGCGGCGGCUGGCGCGCCGCGCUCUUCAUCAUCGCCGUCGGGUUCCUGGAGCGCGUCGGGUUCUACGGCGUGCAGGGCAACCUGAUGAUGUACCUGACGGGGCUGAUGGGCAUGUCCAUGGCGGCGGCGGCCGCGGCGGACAACGCCUGGGGCGGGACGGUGAUGGUGCUGACGCUCGUCGGCGCGCUCGCCGCCGACUCGCACCUCGGCCGGUAUCGCGCCGUCGUGGCCGCCGGCGUGCUCUACCUUCUGAGCUUAGGGAUGCUGACGGUCUCAUCCACGCUGCAACCAAAGCACCCUCGCCCGGCGAGCUGCAAUGGCGGAGCCACCGCCUGCCUGCCGCCGCCGUCUCCCACCUCCCGCCUCGCCUUCUUCUACGCCGCGCUCUACCUGCUGGCGCUGGCGCAGGGCUUCCACAAGCCCUGCUCCGAGGCCAUCGGCGCCGACCAGUUCGCCGACGACGCCGACCCCGGCGCGAACGCGUCGCGGAGCUCCUACUUCAACUGGUUCCACUUCUCCACAUCCUGGGGCUACGCCGUCGCCACGACAUUGCUGAGCUACGUCGAGGACAACGUCAGCUGGACCGUCGGGUUCGCCGUGUGCUGGGCCACGAUGGUGUUGUACCUCGCCGUCUUCCUGCUCGGCACGGGGACGUACCGUGCCACUGCCGAGCGACCCAUCGACGGCGCGCCGCUCGCGCGACUCGCCGAGACGUCCGCCGCGGCCGCGCGCGCGUGGACGAAGAGGGUGUUUUGCCGCAAGGAUGCCAUUUGCACAGAACGGCUUCUAUCCAAAGAAGUGGUGGAUGGCAAGGGAUUUCUCGUCAACGUGCUUCCAAUCUGGAUGACCAACAUAGUGUUCGCCAUCAUCGCCUCGCAGGAUAUCACCCUGUUCACCAAGCAGGGCAGCACGAUGAACCGGAACGUCGGCGGGGGCCUCGUCGUGCCGCCCGCCGCGCUGCAGUUCGCCAUCAGCGUCACCAUCGUCACGCUGUUGCCGGUCUACGACCGUGCCCUCGUGCCGCUCGCGAGGCGUCUCACAAGGCACCUCGCGGGCAUCACCACGCUCCAGCGCGUCGGCGCCGGCAUGGCCAUGUCGGGCCUCGCCAUGGCCGUGGCGGCGCUCGUCGAGGCCAAACGGCUCCGCGCCGCGAGCGACGCCGGGCUGGUCGACAGGCCAGACGCGACGGUGCCGACGAGCGUGUGGUGGCUGGUGCCGCAAUUCGUCCUCCUCGGCACAUCGAAGGUGUUCGGCCUCAUCGGCCUCGAGGAGUUCUUCUACGACCAGGUGCCCGUCGAGCUCUGCAGCGUCGGGCUCGCCGUGUCCCUGAGCGUGCUGGGCGUCGGGAGCUACGCCAGUGGCGUGCUCGUGUCAGCGAUCGACUGGGUGACAAGGGGAGAAGGAGAGAGCUGGUUCUCCGAUAACCUCAACCGCGCGCACCUCGACUACUUCUACUGGAUCCUUGCCACACUUGCCGCAUUGGAGGUCGCCAUUUUCGUGUACAUUGCAAAGCGAUAUGUCUACAAGAACAAAGGCGAGCAAUAAUUCUUUUGAA